AUUAUAAAUAGCAAUGUUUACAGAAUUAGCAUAUAAUGCUUCUAAAAGAAUAAACUAAAUAUAGACCGAUUUAUAAACAAGAGAAAAACUGAAAUAAUCUAGUAAAUCAACAGGGCUUAUUGAUGCAGAAAUCAACUCAACUUUAAAAUAUUUAGGUAAAUAUAGCUUUUGAUUAAGAUAAUGAAUUGGAUUAAUUGGAUCAUGAAAUUAAAGGAUACACAACUAAUUAGAAUUGCAAUUUGUUAGCUAAAGAAAUUUAAAAAAGAAGAAAUCUAUAUAAUGAAUUAGCUCAAAAACGAUAAGAGAUUAAAAAACGAAUUGAAUAAAAUCACAUGCUUUAUUUAUAACAAUAGAUAAUUUAAAAUAAAUGUAUUAUUUUAGUAUGUUCUAUAUUAGAAAACAAAAAAAAUUAUGAAAGCUUUGGAUAGAUGGAUGCACUAAAAUUGCAUGGAGAAAUAACCGAUAGAUAGGAUGAAUAUUUAUCUAAGAUUAAUGAUAAAGUGCUUAACAUUAAAAAUUCAUCAUAAAAUUUAAGUAAAUAAAUAAAAGAAUAAAAUGGAAUUAUAGAUUAAUUACAUGAAGAUGUAUUUUAAAAAUUUAAGAUUAGACUGAUUUCGCAAAUUAAGCUAUGAAUAGAUUAAAAAGCAAAAUGAUAUCUUUUUUGGACUAAUCUAGUUCUUGGAAACUAUUCACAUUUUUAAUUUUUGAAAUAUUAUUGUUUAUUUUUUUAGUUGUUUCCUGA